AAUAUUCCAUGGAACGUGGCACUACAUAAGCCGCUUCCUAUAAAGUACGGAGUAGUAGAAAAUAGCAAAUAAUCGAAAACAAUAAUAAAGAAAUAAAAAGGGAAGAGCAGACAGAAACUAGUGGCUGAGGAGUGAAGAUUCCGUUUAACGGCAAUGUCUCUGCUCCUCCGCUGCGAACGCGCGGCUUCUACUUUUCCGAGCUCCAACUUUAGCAGCUCUUUCUCCCGCUUUAAAGCUUCAUGGGAAGAGGUUGCUGGAGUUGUGGUGUUCUCCGCGAUUCCUUUCACGGCGGUGAAAGCGAUUGCCAACAGCCCGCUCGGGGAGGAGCUCCAGAGGCGAAUGGAGGAGAAGAAGAAGCUUUACAAGGACAACUCUUCUAAGUUGAAGGCUCUCUCCAAAAAGGCUAGAUUGGAGAGCGUGUGGUAUGGGGAGGAUCGCCCUCGUUGGCUUGGUCCGAUCUCAUAUGAGUACCCUUCCUAUCUCAACGGUGAGCUGCCUGGGGAUUAUGGUUUUGACGUUGCUGGUUUGAGCCAGGACCCUGUGGCAUUGCAGAGAUAUUUUAAUUUUGAAGUUCUGCAUGCAAGAUGGGCUAUGCUUGCUGCCCUUGGUGCUUUAAUUCCAGAGAUAUUAGAUCUGAUAGGAGCUUUCCAUUUCGUUGAACCUGUUUGGUGGCGAGUGGGAUACUCAAAGCUUAAGGGCGACACACUAGACUACCUUGGCAUCCCCGGGCUCCAUUUAGCUGGGAGUCAAGGAGUUCUCAUCAUUGCCAUCUGUCAAGCCAUUCUCAUGACUGCCUUCCACGCGCAGGUUGGUCCAGAGUAUGCUCGUUAUUGUGGCAUUGAGGCCUUGGAGCCCUUAGGCAUAUAUUUACCGGGGGACAUCAAUUAUCCAGGAGGUGCACUUUUCGACCCCUUAAAUCUCUCACAAGAUCCCAUUGCGUUUGAAGAACUGAAGAUCAAAGAGAUAAAAAAUGGGCGCCUAGCCAUGGUUGCGUGGUUAGGUUUUUAUGCUCAAGCAGCUCUAACUGGCAAAGGACCUGUACAUAACCUACUUGACCAUAUUUCCGAUCCUUUCCAUUAUAACCUGCUUUCAGUUCUAAAAAAUCUGUAGUAAAUCUACAUAAGUUGUGCCUUGUAAAUUAUGUAUACCUCUUUAAAUUUCAUUACCAGCAAUUGUCUACUUUCAGCA